GUUUGGUUAGAUUAGGGGUUUUCCGAAUUUCGGGGGAUAACGAUCAUGUGAAAUGUUGCAGAGCAAUUGGGCUACAAUAUGUUGCUCAGCUUUCUCAUGUCUCCAGCUCUACUGGGCACGUCUUGUUCUCCGUAAAUGGUUCAAUGUUUCUGCCACUGAAUCAGAUUAUAGCGCUGAUAGUGACGAUGAUUACGAAGAUAUAGCCCAAGAAUUUGACCCAAGUAGCUCUGGAGUUACCAAUCCUCGUGUUGAUACUGACGAUGGGCCUAAGCUUAGAAGACGAAAUUCAGAAACUUUCAGGGUGCAGUAUAUGGAUACCAAAGCAAUCAGAAUCUGUGCUGGGACAUGGAAUGUUGGAGGGAGAGUUCCUUCAUCUGACUUGGAUAUUGGUGGUUGGCUAGACACUGUUGAACCUGCUGACAUUUAUGUUCUUGGUCUUCAGGAAAUUGUUCCCUUAAAUGCUGGAAACAUUUUUGGUAUGGAGGAUGACCAGCCUGCUUCUGAAUGGGAGAAAUUGAUACGGGAUGCCUUAAACCGAGUUCGACCUAGAAAGUUGAAGAUUGUAAGUCACAGUGAUCCCCCUUCUCCAUCAAAGUUUAAGCAAUCUGAAGAGGUUCCUUAUAGUGUAGAAGAUAUGUUUGUUGAAACCAGUCAUGAUGCUUGUGAUGCGAUUAGUUCAAUGGAUAACAAACUCAACUCUGUUGAAAGCACGGACAUACCAAUCGUAAGCGAAGAUUCACUUACUAAUAUAGACGUUUUGGGUUCUACCAAUGACAAUGCGUCUUGCUUGCCAAUACAAGAAUAUCUACAGAGGCAAUUUUCAUCACCAAAUACGCCAGACCGCUCUCUCUCGAUGCAGAUUAAUAGUGAUUCCAAAAGGGAAGAAAGAUUUAGUUAUACUGAAAGAGUAGGUUUGAGCUGGCCAGAACCUCCAUUGAGGCUGCUAAAUCAAUAUGUUUCCGAAAGACGUGGUUCCUUCAAGUCAGUGAAUCUGACAAUCACGAAUCUGAGAAAACCAUCGUAUGUAAGGAUUGUGAGCAAACAGAUGGUUGGAGUGUUUCUCACCAUCUGGGUUAGGAGGAACUUGCGCAAGCACAUAAGCAACCUUUGUGUCUCUACUGUUGGUGUUGGUAUUAUGGGCUACAUUGGUAACAAGGGAUCUGUAUCUGUGAGCAUGUCAAUCUAUCAAACACCAUUUUGUUUCUUGUGCUCGCAUCUGUCAUCUGGGGAAAAGGAUACAGAUCAAGAGAAAAGAAACGAUGAUGUACGUGAAAUUCACAGAAGAACGCAGUUUCUUCCGCAUUCUUUAAAUGCCAAUGAUCUUCCAAGAAGCAUCCGUGAUCAUGAAAGAAUAAUCUGGAUGGGAGAUCUGAACUAUCGGAUUAACUUGUCGUAUGAGAAGGCACAUGAACUUAUUGCAAGAAAGGAAUGGCAGAGGUUGGUAGAGUAUGACCAGCUUUCAAGAGAAAUGACAAAAGGGAACGUCUUCGAGGGAUGGUCAGAGGGAACUUUAGACUUCGCACCAACAUACAAAUACGAAAUCAAUUCAGAGAACUACAUCGGAGAUGACCCGGAAUCCGGGAAACGUAGACCAGCCUGGUGUGACCGCAUCAUUUGGAAUGGAAAGGGAAUGAAGCUUUUUAAUUACAGAAGAAACGAGAUUAAACUAUCGGAUCAUCGACCUGUCACAGCCACGUUCUUGGCCAAGGUCGAGAUCACACCCGUCGGAGAUCGCUCCUUCGUCCAUUUCCUCAAAGCAAUGGGAGGAAAAUCAGAGCCAACGAAAUCGGAAUCCAUGGCGACGAAGACGACGAAUCCAGAUCUACUCAACACUAGUUUCUUCUCUUUCAAAUCCCUAAAAUUGAAGACGAAGCAACAAGAGCUCUUGCUCCGUAUCUCGAUCCUUGGUCUCGUCUACAUCUUAGCUUUCAUAGCUCGUCUCUUCAGUGUUCUCCGAUACGAAUCAAUGAUCCACGAAUUCGAUCCGUAUUUCAACUACCGUACGACUCUUUUCCUCACUGAGAAAGGCUUUUACGAGUUUUGGAACUGGUUUGAUUCCGAGAGUUGGUAUCCGCUUGGUCGAAUCAUCGGCGGUACGCUUUAUCCUGGUCUUAUGGUCACAGCUGCGUUAAUCUACUGGACAUUACGGUUUCUCCGAUUCUUCGUUCAUAUCCGUGAGGUUUGUGUGUUAACCGCACCGUUUUUCGCGUCGAAUACGACUUUAGUUGCGUAUUUCUUUGGUAAAGAGAUUUGGGAUACAGGAGCUGGUCUUGUUGCUGCUGUUUUAAUCGCUAUUUGUCCUGGCUACAUUUCUCGGUCUGUAGCGGGGUCUUAUGAUAACGAAGCUGUUGCGAUUUUCGCUCUUUUGUUGACGUUUUAUCUGUUUGUUAAAGCGGUUAACACUGGUUCAUUGGCUUGGGCUCUUGGCUCUGCGUUUGGUUACUUUUACAUGGUUUCUGCUUGGGGAGGAUAUGUGUUUAUUAUCAACUUGGUUCCGCUUUAUGUGUUGGUGUUGUUGAUCACCGGAAGGUAUUCGAUGAGGCUUUACAUUGCUUAUAACUGUAUGUAUAUCUUGGGGAUGUUGCUCGCGAUGCAAAUUCGGUUUGUUGGUUUUCAACAUGUUCAAUCUGGUGAGCAUAUGGGUGCAAUGGGCGUCUUCUUAUUGAUGCAGGUUUUUUACUUCUUGGACUGGGUGAAGUACCAGCUCAAUGACACCAAGUUGUUCCAAACCUUUUUGAGGAUAACUGUGACAUCGGCUAUUUUGGUUGGUGGUAUUGCUUUGGGUGUUGGAACAGCGUCUGGCUAUAUAUCUCCAUGGACUGGUCGAUUUUACUCGUUGCUUGACCCGACUUAUGCAAAGGAUCAUAUUCCCAUUAUUGCAUCUGUUUCUGAGCAUCAGCCUACGGCUUGGUCGUCUUUCAUGUUUGACUACCAUAUUCUGCUCUUUCUUUUCCCUGCGGGUCUUUACUUCUGUUUCAAGCGUUUGACGGAUGCUACAAUAUUUAUUGUCAUGUAUGGUCUCACUAGCUUGUACUUUGCUGGUGUCAUGGUUCGGCUUAUUCUCGUCGCCACUCCAGCAGUUUGUCUUAUCAGUGCCAUAGCUGUCUCUGCCACUGUCAAGAAUUUAACUUCUCUGUUAAGGACAAAACAAAAGGUUUCUCAGACUGGUUCCACGAAAGGAGCUGGUAGUUCAAAAGCCUCUUCAAAGGUUACACUUGAUCAGUCUCAGCCUUUCCAGAAGAAUGGUGCCAUUGCUCUUCUUCUUGGUGUAUUUUAUUUGCUGAGUAGAUAUGCCAUUCACUGCACAUGGGUGACAUCAGAGGCAUAUUCAUCUCCCUCAAUUGUCUUAGCUGCAAGAGGAGCCCAUGGGAACAGAAUCAUCUUUGAUGAUUACCGCGAGGCCUACUACUGGCUUAGGCAAAACACACCCACUGAUGCUAAGAUCAUGUCGUGGUGGGACUAUGGGUACCAAAUUACUGCCAUGGGAAACAGAACUGUCAUCGUCGAUAACAAUACCUGGAACAACACGCAUAUUGCUACCGUUGGACGUGCCAUGUCUUCUUAUGAAGAUGAGGCGUAUGACAUUAUGAGGUCACUUGAUGUGAACUAUGUAUUGGUCGUCUUUGGUGGUGUUACUGGUUAUUCUUCAGAUGAUAUCAACAAGUUCUUGUGGAUGGUGAGAAUUGGAGGCGGAGUAUUCCCAGUGAUCAAGGAACCUGAUUACCUUGUGAAUGGUGAAUUCCGUGUAGACAAGGGUGCAUCACCAAAAAUGCUGAACUGUCUUAUGUACAAGUUAUGCUAUUACAGGUUUGGUGAGCUGACCACAGAAUACGGCAAGCCACCCGGGUAUGAUAGAGCAAGAGGAGUGGAGAUAGGGAACAAAGAUAUCAAACUUGAACACUUAGAAGAAGCUUACACAACAUCCAACUGGAUAGUUCGCAUUUACAGAGUCAAACCUCCUACGAACAGGUUGUGACGCUUCAAUGUUACGAAAAUGGCUUUAGAUAGUUGAUAGGUUUGAGGAGGAACCAUACAAUUUCGGAUUUUCUUGGACUUUGUUUAUUUUUUAUGCAGAGACAAUUUUUGUAGUUUUUUUAAGUUGAAACCUAUUUGCAUUGGUUUGUUCUUCUACUUUUAAAACAGGCUAUGUAAUUUAAUCUUGGUUUGAUCCUCAAAGUAAACAUGAAUGUUGAAA